AUGGACCCCUCGAGCCCCGCACCCGACCAGCCGACGACCGCUGCACCUCAAAACGCCCCGACCGACGCGCUACCCUCCAGCUCCCCCAACGUUGCCCCUGCAGCAGCAGCAGCAGCAGCAGCAGAGGCAACAGCAGCGGUAACCCCCGCAGACCGUCCGUGGCUCACGUUCCCUCCGUUCCCCAAGCCCCCACAAGGCGUCGAGCUCGUCCCCUUCAGGGACUUCAAACCGCUCGGCAUCCACAUCCCCCAGCCCGUCGAGGACGGCGCGGCGCCCCCAGUCGAGGUCGACGGCCUGGGCAUCGCGACGCUCACCCUGCGGGUGCACCACGACCUGACGACGAUGGAGAAGCGCAAGCGCAAGAACGCGCGGACGAAGAUCGCCCCGGACGGGUCCGUCGUGCCCAAGCGCUGGUACGAGGAGUGGGCGGAGGUCGAGCACCUCAGGAAGACGAGCGGCGGCCCCAUCGACCCGUCUCUCCCGCGCGCGGAGCGCCUGUACCAAGCUGCGGCAGACUUCAAGUCUGGCCGCUUGUUCUCCCCGAAUCACAGCGUGAACCAAGAGCUCACCCAGUACUGGGACAAGUUCCGUUUUUUUGUCGGGCUCAUCAGCAACAUCCAACCGCUCUCGGCGCGGAAGAAGAAUGCUGCGGCGCGCGCGAUGGCGGCGCAGCAGACGACCGCGGACGACGGCGACGAGGAGCUGGACGAAAUGCCGAACGCCCGCCUCCCGAUGGAGGCCACCAUCGCGGUCGCGGAGAGCGCCGACAUCCCUGCGGGGCCGGACGUGCUGCCCGCCAGCGGUCCCGCCAGGACGGAGGAGGAAAGGCAGCACCGCCGCGAGUACUUCCGCGAGGUGCGGGACACGAGGAUGGACAGGUUCCUGAACGACCCGGAGGACGUCGUGAAGGUGUUCUUCUCGAACUACGCGAGUGACCGAGGGGAUAUCAACUCCGAGAAGUUCUGCGCCAACGCGCCUAUCCUUGUUGAUUUCUUCCUCAAGUUCCUCCAGCGCAACCGCGUCUUCCCGGAGAUUGACCGCCAACUGCGCAAGGCGAUCGCUGUCACGGAGUUGGCGCAGAAAGAACUGCCCCACGCGAUCCUCAUGAACAAGCUCAUCCCGGACGACUUCGGCACUGGUUGUAGGGAGAUCUUUGGCGCAAUGAACGGGUACAACAUCUGGGCAGACAAUUCCACUUCUGGCGACGAGGCCGAGGAGCAACGCGCUACGAAGAAACAAAAGACUGACGAUGCCGAUGCUGAAGCCAACAAUGCCCAGACCAUGGCCGCGGAGACCACAGAAACCUCCGAGACCAUCGCAAAAGACGAUGAUCCUGCGGAGGACCCGGAACUAUUGGCAGCCAAGAAGGCGGAAGAGGCCGCAGCCCUGAAGGCCGCGAUCGGGGGAGACGAGCCGGUCGAGGUCGAGGUGAUCGACGCUGACGACGCAGGCGCAGGCUCGUGGGGGAACGCCGCGACGACGAACUGGGGGGACGAAGAGGAGUUCUGGGGCAAGUCGAACACGGCGGAGGACUGGGACGCCGGCCCCAAGGUCAACGCGAUCCACAAGUUCCUCGGGCCGACGACGCUGCCGCUCACGCACACGACCGGCGUCGUCGAGCGUUCGACGCGGCGGAUCAAGAGCAAAGUCGCGCCGCCCGCACCUCCGACGCGGCCCCAGCCGAAGAAGGGCAAGGGCAAGGCCCCCGCCGAGCCUGCGCCUCUGCACGACCCCGAUGCGGUCGAGCGGGAGCUGGAUGCCAAGUUGGCGAAGCUGACGCUCUCAGCUUGGCCCGUGUACGCCGUCAACCCCAACGCGGACGUCCAGAAGCCCCGCAUCCUCCCCGACUCCCGUGGGGCGGCGGUCCUAGACGACUUCGAGGGCGCCGAGGUCGCUCCUGGUCCCGGCACGCCACAUAACCCGUUCAAAGACGACAUCGUCGUCUACGUCGAUCCUGAUAUCGCAGACAAUAUGUGGGUGGGGAUGAGCAUCGAGGGCGUAUUUGUUCAGCUUGCGCGUGUUGACCCCAGCGUCCCUAUCGAGGUCAGCCUCGAGCGGUUCAACAAUCCAUGGGGCUACAACAAGAAAGUAGCCGACGGAGCCCCUGGCGUCCCGGUCGCCCCGACCAGGAUCUGGUACAUGGAGGAGGUCCGUGCCGUUUUGCCCAGCUACCAUACCGAGAUGACCCCUCUGCCGACGGACCAAGAUGUGUUCGGGGAAGGGGACGAUGAGCCUUAA